UAAUCACAAUGAGGUGGGAGAAGUUGGAGGUAAGCGAGAGACUGACAGAAGAAACUCAUCCUGAACAUAGUAGAUUUGUUGGGGGUCUUCCGGUUGAGUUCGUUGGGCCUGGAAGAAGAUGGGGACAUUCUUGCAAUGCUAUUAAUGGAGGGAAACUCCUCUAUGUUUUCGGUGGUUAUGGUCCAGAUAACUGCCAAACAAACGACGUCUAUAUUUUUGAUUCUGUUAAGCAGGUAUGGAUUAAGCCUACGAUGAGAGGCAUUGCCCCGUCUCCAAGGGACAGUCAUAGUUGUACCACCAUUGAAAACAACUUGUUUGUGUUUGGGGGUACAGAUGGGAAGAAUCCUCUUAAGGAUUUGUUCGUCCUAGAUACAUCGACCAACACAUGGAUGUGUCCAAGAGUACAUGGGGAAGGACCGACACCACGUGAAGGACAUAGUGCAGCACUCGUUGGGAAACGGCUUUUCAUAUUCGGAGGCUGUGGUAAAUCAUGGCAGAGUUCAUAUGAAGUAUAUUAUAAUGAUCUCUACAUUUUGGAUACAGAGAGUUUAGUAUGGCAGAAGGCUGUAACAUCUGGAAAUCCACCUUCUGCACGAGAUAGUCAUACUUGUUCAUCUUGGAAGAACAAAAUUAUUGUAAUUGGUGGAGAAGAUUCAUCUGACUGUUAUUUGUCGGAUGUCCACAUACUUGAUACAGAUGCUCUAGUUUGGAGGGAAUUAAGCACUUCUGGCCAUAUGUUACCACCUCGCGCUGGCCAUUCAACUGUUAUUCUUGGUAGAAGCCUGUUCGUUUUUGGAGGAUUUGCUGAUGCCAGAAAUUUAUAUGGUGACAUUCAUAUGCUUGACGUAGUUAGUGGGGUUUGGACCAAGGUGACGGUUGCCGGCCAGGGGCCUACUGCCAGAUUUUCUGUUGCUGGGGAUUGUUUAGAUCCACAGAAGGGUACUCUUGUGUUCAUAGGUGGUUGCAAUCGGGAUCUUGAGGCCCUGCAUGAUAUUUAUUAUUUACACACAGAAAUGUCAAUGGAAAAUGGGCGAGAUGGACAGAAGCAAGAGAAAUUUUCGCUCAAAAAAGAAUUGAAGAGGAAGUGUCAAGAACAGCAUCUUCCAGCAAACCAACCAGUUAAUGAUAAAGAAGUUCCCCAGCAUGGGACAAUGCCUGAUUUGCACCGGCCCAUGCCUGCUCCAAUGCAGAUGCCAAUACAAAUGCAAGCACCAGUGCCAAUUUCUGGCCAAGCAAGCAAACAUAAUCAUUCGUCCGAUGAAUUAGAGGCUUCUCAAGGAAAGAUAUUUGAAGCCAAGGUUACUGGGACUUUCUGUUAUGGACAUAACAUUGAAACUAUCAUUGAUGGAAAGCUGCUUCGUGGAUUAAUAUUUUCUAACACGCCAAGCUUUUCCCCUGUAGCUGAUAACUACCACAGUAGGAAAAGGAUGGCUUUAGAGGCUGGUGGUGUUAAGUUGGGUGAUGGCUACGUACUCAACCAGGAAUCAGUAUGUUGCAGACAGGCCAAUGAUGUCCAUCAGGUCCAUGGAAACCCAGAAGCAUCAAUGGCAAAUCUUCCAAAUGUGAAAGAUGAAGGCAAAAAUCAACUGAAUCCCGUCACAAAAAUUCCUUGUGAGAAAUCUGCUAAAGCCAAGAAUAUGGUCACUUCAAAUUCAAACUAAGGUGGCAAGGCACCAAGGUAGC